AUGAAUGGUUAUAAACUUUUCGGUAGAUCAAUCCAACCACAUAUAUUGGUUAUUUCCACUCUACUGGGUUGUAUUGGAGGUGUUUCUAUACUAAGAAUAAGAUCAAAAAGUAAUAAAAAAAUAGGUUCAAAUGAACUCUCAUCUGGAACAGCAAAUGAUAAGGAUUAUAUGGAUAUUGAACAACUUAUUGAUAAUUUUUUAAAAGAACAUGACCAUAAGGAGGACAAAAAAUAA